AUGUUUUCCCCUGAGGCAUAUGAUAGAAUUGUUUUCGCAGAGUUGCCAGAUCCAAAGGAGUCACCGUAUUUGUAUUCAUUGGUGAUAAAGCACAUGCUUCAUGGACCAUGUGGUACAUUGAAUCCAAACAACCCCUGUAUACGUCAAAAUGGGAAGUGCAGAAAUAACUAUCCAAAAGAAUUCUCUCCAUACACUAAACAUUCAAGAAAUUCCUAUCCUGUCUACAGAAGGCGCAAUGAUGGAAAAAAUGUUAUUAUCAGGGAACAUCUGUUUGAUAACCGAUGGGUUGUACCAUAUAAUGCAUAUCUACUUGCAAAAUUUGAUUGUCAUAUCAAUGUCGAGAUAUGCUCUGCUAUUGAAGCAGUAAAAUAUAUUUACAAGUAUAUCUACAAGGGAUACGACAAAGUUAUGUAUCAGAUCACAGCUUACCAGACAGAAAAUAUCAUUGAUGAGAUUCAUAACUUUCAAUCUGCUAGAUGGAUUUGUGCUCCUGAAGCUAUGUGGAGGAUAUUUUCAUUUGAUUUAACCAACAUUCAUCCAUCAGUGAUGACAAUGCACUUGCAUCUGGAAAAUAGUCAGCCUAUAUCAUUCAUUGAAGAUCAGGCAUUGCAAGAUGUUCUUCGUAAUGAAAGAAAUUCAAGGACAAUGUUGACAGAAUUCUUGUCUAUGAAUCGAACAAAUAAAAGAGCACAGGAUCUCAAUUGUCUCUAUAGAGAAUUUCCUCGGUACUUUACUUGGGAUGAAGGGGACAGGAUAUGGAUUGAUAAGAAACGUGGAGAGGUCAUCAGCCAUAUUAACACAGCACACCCUAUUGAGGAAGAAAGAUAUUACCUCAGAAUGUUACUUAUGCACGUAAGAAAACCAACCUUUUUUGAUGAGUUAAAAUCUAUCAACGGUCGCCAGGCAUCCUCAUACAAAGAAGCUGCAACACUUCGUGGAGUACUCCAAAUGGACAAUGGUUUUGAUGAAUGUUUAUCUGAGGCACUUGUAUACAAGAUGCCAUGUUCCCUGAGACAACUUUUUGAUGUGUUACUUGUACACUGCACACCAACAAAUCCAAGAGAUACUUGGUUGAAAUUCGAAAAUCAUCUGUCAGAAGACAUUAGACAAAACUUAGCAUUAUUGCAACAACAAGUACAAAUUCAAGUUCUUAACUUGAUUGAUCAACAUCUUCAGAUCAUGGGAAAAGUUAUAACUGAUUACAGCCUCACAGAUAUUCCUUAUCAUGUGUUGUGUUCAGAUAAGUCUAUGAAAGAAAUUGAAGUUGAGUAUCAGAUACCUAUUUUUGAUGAAGAUUUAGCUACAGUGUCAAUGUUAAACAGUGCACAAAAGUCUGCAUUCGACAAAAUAAUGCAAAAAAUCAAUGAAAAUGCUCCUGCUGCCUUUUUCAUUGAUGGUCCUGGUAGAACUGCAACAUCUGGUGCUGCAACAUCACUAUUGCCCGGAGGACGCAUGGCACACUCUUGCUUCAAGAUUCCACUUCACCAAGACAUCAAGCAAACGUGUAACAUUUCAAAACAAAGCAGCAUCAGUAAGCUUCUGAAACUUGCAAAGUUGAUUAUAUGGGAUAAAGCAACGAUGGCUAAAAAAUAUGCAAUUGAAUCAUUUGAUGCAAUGCUUCGUGAUAUUCUAGAUUGUGAUACUAUAUUUGGUGGCAAAAUCAUUGUCUUUGGUGGAGAUUUUCGACAAACUCUCCCUGUUGUUCGAAGAGGUCAGAAAGAGGAUUAUAUAUCUGCAUCACUUGUCAACUCUUACAUCUGGCCUCAUUUACAAAAAAUGCAUCUAACUAAAAAUAUGAGAGCUAGAUUGGAUCCUCAGUUUUCUGAUUUUUUGUUCAGAAUUGGGAAUGGGACAGAACCAACAUUUGGAGACAGCAAAAUUCAACUGCCACUAUCUAUCCUGAUUCCUUUCGUGAAUGAUGUUGUUUCCCUCAAUCAGUUAAUAAGUGUUGUCUAUCCAUCACUCAAUGAUUUCAUUCACAAUAGCUCAAGUGUCACCAAUAGAGCCAUUCUUACUACAACAAACGACUUUGUCCAUGAUGUAAAUAACCUUUUGAUUCAAAGAUUUCCUGGUCAAGAAACAAGAUACAUGAGUUUUGAUGAAACACUUGAUCCCUCAAAGCAAGCUGAUCACGGAGAUUUUCUGAACACUAUCCAACCACCAGGAUUGCCACCUCACGAGUUAAUCCUAAAACCUUGUUGUCCUAUAAUUCUUCUCAGAAAUUUGAAUCCCGCCCAAGUGACUAUUAACAAAUCACAGGGGCAGACACUUGAUUUUGUUGGAAUAUAUUUAAAAGAACCAGUCUUUUCGCAUGGCCAGUUGUAUGUUGCAAUGUCAAGGGCAAGAACUGGAGAAAAACUAAAGAUACUUCUAAGACCAGUUGUGCUUGAAUGCAUUGCAGAUAGUAGUACACGAAACAUUGUUUAUGAAGAAAUAUUUGCAGCUGCAACUGCUACUUAA